CAUUAUUAAUGUUGCUCUGAAUGUCACGUAGGUCAGGUGUGUUUUGUAAAAAUGAUUGAAAAUGGAAAGCCGUGUGUUUCUUGUGUGUAUUAUUUUUAGUUUUACAUUUCCAAGUUCAAUAUCGAAAACAUUUUCACUCAACGACGCCAUAGCAGCAGAAGAGAAAUAUAAAUCACCAAAAAAAUCAAGUUCAUCAGGUUCAUUUUUGAGAAGCGAUAGAUUACAGGCGUUCGAAGCUCAUAGGCAAAGUAUUAGAGAUAUAGGAAAAUCCCUAUCAAGAACCUUAUUUUCACCAUUAAAUUAUAGAAAACCCUAUGCAAAACCGUUUCAAAUUAAAUCGCCUCCGAGACCUAAAGCUUUCAAGCGACCUCGUAUAGGACGCUUGAAUAUAGAAAAUCCUACCCAACAAGCGAAACGACAAUUACAAGAUGAAGAUAUCAAUGAAGAUUACAUCCCAAUAUUUAAAAGUCUUAGCAUCAUUCUUGACAAUAUUCUUGAACCAGACUCACGCGAAGGUACUGUCCCAAGAAACAAAUAUAAGAGAACUAAUAGAAACAGACUUAAAACGGAUGACGUCGUGUGCAAUUGUGCCCUUAGAUCAACAACUGAUGUCAACCUGCCCGAUCCGUAUCAAGAGGCAGCUGCUGCCGCCACUUUUAUCUCCACUGAGGUCGAGACUGAGUCACCACCGCCUACGAUUACCACCGCGAAGACCCAUCGUUUUGCCCAUCAUAACAUCGGCAAUAUCAGACGGAAUCAGAACGUACCCGCAAUACCUCCAAGAAAUACCUCUGGCGUUGGGAGAAACGAUAGUGGAGUCCAUGAGGGGCGCAGCGCCUCGGAUAUCCGAAACGAUGAAAGAUCUUUCGCCAGGAAUAAUGGAGAUCAUGAACACGAUACCGGAGACAGAAACAUUUCAUCCGAUACAGAAAAUAGCGAAGAAAAUACCAACAAUGAUACACGAUACAGUUCAAGCAGCCUUGAACCCCGAAGUGGAUUCCGAGGUGGAGACGGAACUUUCUCAAGAGAUGCAGAUGGAAAAAGAAACACAAUCGAUGAGCAGAUUGACGCGCCCGUCAAUAUUAAUGGAAACAUACCUAGAUACGAAGAAAAAAAUAAGCUCGCAAAUAGAACAAUCCAAACAGAAAGCCCAAUACCUGUAUCAAAACUUACUACAAGACUACAAAGAAUUGAGCCCCAAAAACCAGAAGCUAUACAACAAAAAGGCGAAAAAGAUUAUGCAGCAAUCGAACGCUUUAUCUCCAGCGCUAAGCAAAUCUUUAACCGCAAUAGCCAAAAUUCCUCAAUCAAUAAAAGAAGCAGUAAAGCAAAUGAAACAAUAGUCAAUAAGAAGGACAGCCCUCAUAACAAAGGUAUCAUGAUAUUUGAUGGCUAUAGUGUUGCCAGAGAUGUUAAUGGUGAAAACAAAAUGUCAGAAAAAGCAAUAGAAAUUCGUACAUAG